GAUCGCGCGGAGAGGCCGUGCGUAUUCGUGUUAGUGAAGCAGCUCCUAUCGGAGUUCACUUACCAACCAUGAGAUACAACAAGCUCGGAGGCACCGGGAUCGAACUUUCCCACGUGAGCCUCGGCGGAGCGUCUUUUAGCCAUAUUUAUGGCAACUUCGACGAACAAAGGAGCGUGGAACUCAUUAAAGAUGCUCUAAUGAUGGGUAUCAAUUAUAUGGAGACGGGUCCAUGGUAUGGCCAGGGGAGCUCAGAGAGAACCAUAGGAAAGGCUCUGAAGGGUGUCCCGAGAGAGUCAUUUUUUAUUGGCAGCAAAGUCGGCCGAUACGAUCCAGAUCCGGCGAAGAUGUUCGACUUCUCUGCUGAGAAGACCACAGCUGGCGUUGACAACACUUUGCGAUUGCUCGGACUCGAUUACGUCGACUUGAUUCAGGUGCAUGAUGUGACAUUCGCCCCGGAUCCUUCCGUGAUCUUGAAGGAAACUCUACCAGCGCUGGAGAAGGCGGUGCGCGAUGGAAAGGCACGGUUCAUCGGCAUCGCUGAUUACGAUAUCGACCUGAUGAAAGAUAUAGUGGAGGAGUCGGAAAUCAAUAUAUCAGCAAUCCUCUCCUAUGCUAAAUCGACGCUCUUUGACAACCGCCUGCAGAAUUACACAAAAUUCUUCAAGAACAAGGGAGUGGGAGUGAUCAACGCAGCAGCCACUGGGAUGGGCCUGCUGACCAACACGGGCCCGCGGCCAUGGCACCCUGCCAGUGAUGACGUGAAAGCCGUCUGCCGCAAAGCAUCCGACUUCUGCAAGGAGCGUAACGUCGAUUUAGCCCGCAUUGCGACAUGGUUCACCCUAAGCCAGCCCGGCAUCGACACGAAUAUCUGCGGGUUCUACAAUCGCCCCCAACUCCUUGACAUCGUCGAAGUACUCGAGAACGGCCUCACCGAGCACGAGCAGAAUGUGCUGAGCGAGGUCCAGUUAAGGUUUUUUGAUAAGAUCAUCCUGCAUUGGGAUGACGUUGAAUUGCCCGCCUACCGGGCGAAAAUGGAUGAACUGCUGAAGGCUAGAUGAAACGUAGUUACACGUGACAUAUUAUCAUCGAUGUUGCCAGAUUGCGAAAUUUAUAUUUAAAUAUCGCAAGGCAACAAUUCUUAAUGGAGAUUUCAAAUUAAACACAUUUUUUAAAACAUUUAUUUAUUUUCAAAUGGAAUUUAAAUGGUGAUAUGUGUUGCUAUUUAAACAUAAAAGUCAGCACGUGAGACUAAAUGUUUCUAAUAUAUUAUCGCGUUUCUUAGUGUUUGUAAACACAUUUUCAUAAUCACAUGUGCUUAUUAAAUAAAUAAAUAUAUCUACAGGUGGCUUAACUAAUAACAAACUUCUAUGAUGAGCUGAUGACAACUGAUCUGACUCUGAAAGUUUAGAUCUCAAAAUUUACCAUAAAAAAAGAAAUAUACUCAAAUUAUUUAUGGCUGAGGAGCUGGCGAGCAAAAUAUAUGAUUUGCUCGAGUGGCAGACACACUCAACAUUAAGGGCCGCGUCUGCCACAAUGGCAGCACUUUGGUGUAGUCCGCUCGAAUAGUCAGGAUGCCUCGAAAGGAUGCAACUAGAAAUAUAAUAAUAAAUAAAAUAAACCAUGAAUUGACUUAGUAGAGCUUAUUUUUUUUACAAUUUCACAACUACGUCCCACAAAAAAGCAGAGCCUUGGAUAUCUGCCUCAUGAAUUUUCUUUGUUUCCCGGAUGAUUUUACAAUCUACUUCAGAGGCAGACAUAUCAGGCAUAAUAUUUUAGUACACUUUUUUAAUUUUUCAAAUUUGACGCGCUAUAACUCAAAAACGAAGCUACUUAGGACGAAGACCAACUUUAUACCGAAAUACUCGCAAGCUCCUACAGCCAUUAGAAUAUUAAGACGAAAAUGUGUAAGAUGUGCUCGAAACAUUUGGUAGUAUUUAUUGUGUAUGUAUGUCGUCACAUUUCAUACAUUCCCUCAUCAGGAAUCGUACCGAUUUUCAAAAUCAAACCUAUAGUAACAUCAAAUUAAUUUUCAAAUCGUAUACAAUAAUUGUGGUAACGAAAUAUUUUUGUACAUUUAUUAAAAGUGAAAACUAAAUAAUUUGUCAUCUUGACGCUUGAACACAGUACACUCAUACGAACUAACUUAUACAAUUGAUAAAGGCCAACAAGUUUGUGUAAUAGAAAAUAUAUUUUUGGAAAAAUUAACUAAAAUGUAAUUAUAUGUAGCGUAGACAAAAGUCACUAUUUUAAUAAUCACUUUAAAAAUAUUUAUCUUUAUUAUAUAAUCUGUAACAGUUCCCAGUGCGUCAGUUGAUAAGUGAAACAACUGAUCUCAAAUGUUUAAAUAUACUAAAUAAAAUACAAUAGUUUUCAUUCUUAAAUUUAAUAUGUUUGAAUUAUUAUGUAUAAUAAAUAAUCAAUUGAUACUAUUAUAUAGAUAUAAUUAACAUAGUUGAGCGACUUUUAUCCAUAUCUCUAGGAUAAAUAACGAUCGCAGUGUCGACAUUAUUGUGUAUUGUAUCGAAGCAAAGAUGGUUUAUAUCUCUUCAUUAUAGCUAUUCUAUCUGAUCUUGAUGUAUUCAUAAAUUAUACGUAGUUUUUCCUUUAAAAUAAAAUAAAAAUAGUAAUAAUAUUAACUUGUAAUAUAAGUUAGAAACGCAGAUCUCUAGGAUAAGUACUGAUAUUGUGUAGGGGCCCGGCUACUAAGGAUCAAUUUAUUGAAAAAUGUUAAGCGUACAUCAAUGUAACCCACUGUAUGAAAUCAUUACAAUAGCUCGAUAAAACAGGUCGGGCCCCGUUUAAAGUAACAUAAAUGUAUUCGUUGUCAAAUAGUUCUCUGACAUCAUUAUAUUGCAAGAUGUAAUUUAAGCAGAUUAAUCUGAAAAUCAUGUUUGUAGUAAGUGAACUUAAUAAAAAUAUUAACAUACUA